AACGCUGUAAACAAACGGACCGCUCAUUAGCUCAGAAACAGUCUUAGUUAGUAGACUUACACAUGCGCAACACCAGCGUGGACCAAGCGCCGAGAAGAUGUUUAAAAAUACUUUUCAAAGCGGAUUCUUGUCUAUUUUAUACAGCAUCGGCAGCAAACCACUUCAGAUAUGGGACAAAAAGGUGAGGAAUGGUCACAUCAAGAGAAUCACAGACAAUGACAUCCACUCCCUGGUGUUGGAGGUGGAGGGGGCAAACGUCAGUACCACGUAUAUAACAUGUCCCGCCGACCCCAAGAAGACAUUGGGCAUCAAGCUCCCCUUUCUCGUUAUGAUCAUCAAAAAUCUCAAGAAGUAUUUCACCUUUGAAGUCCAGGUGUUAGAUGAUAAAAAUGUUCGGCGGCGCUUUCGGGCGAGUAACUAUCAAAGCACGACCCGAGUGAAGCCGUUUAUCUGCACCAUGCCGAUGAGACUGGAUGACGGCUGGAACCAGAUUCAGUUCAACCUGUCAGACUUCACCAGGAGGGCCUACGGAACCAAUUACAUCGAGACGCUGCGCGUACAGAUCCACGCUAACUGUCGAAUAAGGAGAGUGUAUUUCUCAGACAGACUGUACUCAGAGGACGAGCUCCCAGCUGAGUUCAAACUCUACCUGCCGGUCCAGAACCAGAAAGUAAAGCAGUAGGGUUUCUCUUCCUGCACCGCUCCAUCGGACCUGACGUGGAGUUUCACGAUAAGAUUUUCUGUGUUUAUUAAUAUGAUUAACUUUGUAAUUUUGAAUCUGAGUUUUGAGUGCCGUCUUGUGUUGCUCUUUGCACAAUAAAGCUUUUUUUAUGCAGUC